UUUCUAUAUAUCCAUUAACAUUUACCAAAACAACUCUUGUGCUUGAUUGUGUUAUAAAUUUACAAUAGCUUUAUAUAACAAGUUAUUGUUUAGAUUAUACCCAACAACAACUACCAAGAAAAGUUGUAUCAAAUUCAAGAAAGUUUUUGCUUGUUAUAAUACCAUGUCUUCUGCUUCUGAUCAUGAUCAAUCCAUUGGUUUUAAUGAACCAAGAAUUGUGACCAAGAAAGUCCUUGCUAAGCCUCAACAUGAAGGUGAUGGUGCUGUGGUUAGGAGGGGCAUUGGAUGCCAUGAAUUGAGGUUCUUGGAUCCUUUUCUGAUGCUGGAUGAUUUUUCAGUGAGUGCUCCUGCUGGUUUUCCUGAUCAUCCACAUAGAGGGUUUGAGACUGUUACAUACAUGCUUCAGGGGGGCAUCACUCAUCAAGAUUUUGCAGGCCAUAAGGGUACCAUUCACACUGGAGAUGUGCAGUGGAUGACAGCAGGCAGAGGUAUAAUUCACUCAGAAAUGCCUGCUGGUGAGGGAGUACAGAAUGGCUUACAGCUUUGGAUCAAUCUUUCUUCUCAAGACAAAAUGAUUGAACCAAGGUAUCAAGAACUAUUAAGCGAGGACAUAAAAUAUGCAGAGAAAGACGGGGUUGAAGUUCGAAUACUGGCAGGAGAAUCGAUGGGCGUAAGGUCUCCAGUUUACACCAGAACGCCAACAAUGUACUUGGAUUUCACUCUAAAACCGAAAACUCAAAUGCAUCAAAGUAUUCCAGAAUCAUGGAAUGCAUUCGUGUACAUCAUCGAAGGCGAAGGAGCAUUUGGCGUCAAAAACACUUCAGUUGUAGCAGCUCAUCAUGUUCUAGUUCUGAGCUCCGGAGAUGGUUUAAGCAUUUGGAACAAAUCCUCGUCGAAGACAUUAAGAUUCGUGCUAGUUGCAGGGCAGCCGAUUAACGAGCCAAUAGUUCAGCACGGACCUUUUGUGAUGAACACAAAGGAGGAAAUUGAUCAGACAAUUCAAGAUUAUCAUUACAACAGAAAUGGAUUUGAAAUGGGAAAGUAUUGGAAUUCUAAGUGAAAGAAAGUUGGAAGAAAAUAAACAAAGAUACCAUGUUUAUGAAUGUCUUUAUCAGUCAAAAAUGUUCCAUUUUUAUAAAAUAGCAAUCAAAUAUGUUCUAGAAUAUCUACAAGCUGCUAGAGUAGCAAAGUCAAUGAUGGAUCAGCUCAUCUUAGUUGAUCUUUCCAAUUUAAAAGUUUUUUGUUGUGGUAGUUGAAGCUUAUUAAUCAAUUACAUUUUUUUGUGUUUUCAA